AUGACGUGCGGUAUUGAGGAGGAAUAUCAUGCAACAAACAUUAAUGCCUACCUUAGAAGAACAGCAGACGAUUUUAAGGAGCCGUUCACCAGUGAUUUGCCGGAAAUAAGGGAACUUGGACUGGAAUUGGUGUCGACAGUUAAACAUUAUACGCUUCCGCCGACAUUCGAUGUUGUAAACAAGGAUACGACGGACAAGCUCAAAUAUUCCGAAAGGAUAGUUGCUAUGGUCUACCCAUGGCUACAUGACGUAUUUUACAGAGGAUUGUCGGAUUCUCGAAGUGAGGACGAGAAAAGGAUGAUUAUUGACCAAUACUUCUGCAGGAUACAGACAUACGCAUUUGAACAUUCUGAUUUCAAACCGUACUUAUUCUUUACAGAGGUUGUAAUGAAAAAGAAAAAAUAAUUACAUUAUGUCACAUUUGAUUUCACGGUGACAGCGUAACACUAGCGAAGUGUCAUAUAUACAUAUUCAGUUAGUGAGUUACAUUGCACAUGGAAUGUAAUAUUUUGACUUAAUUCAUUCUCGAUAUAACAAGCAUUUUCAUUGGCUAAAAAAAUGUUAUUAGUCCAGAACGUAAAAAUGACGUCGCCGUUUAUAACGUCGCCUUUGAUUGGAGGAUGGAGCAGCGUCAUAAUUUGUAAGAGAAAGAGUUAAUCAUUUAAGUGAAUUUCUGCAAAGUAUAGAUUAUUUUUAUAUUUUGGAGUUAUAACAA